UACCGGAGCGCAGGCGUGUUCGGAAGAGCGCGGCGCGCAUGCGCCCCGGAGAAGCAGGUCGGGUGAGGGGCCGCACCCAGGGUCCUGGAGGCGGAAGUGGAAACAUGGAGUACUGUCUGGCGGCCGCGAUGCUGAACGGGGUGGACCGGCGCUCACUGCAGCGCUCGGCUCGGCUGGGGAGGGAAGUGCUGGAGCGCGCCAAGAGAAGGGCAGUGAACUGGCAUUCUCCGGAGCGAUCCAAAGGCAGCGUGGGGGUCCUUUACCGCCAGGACACCUACCAGGAACGAUGGUCGAUCCCCGGUCCCCAGCGCCUCCUAGGAGAGAGAGAAGAAAGGCGCCCAACCCUUAGUGCUUCCUUCAGAACAAUGGCUGAAUUCAUGGACUAUACUUCAAGUCAGUGUGGGAAAUACUACUCAUCUAUGCCAGAGGAAGGAGGGGCAACCCACGUCUACCGUUAUCACAGAAGGAAGCCUCCAGAAAUGUACAUGUACUCAGACAUAGGACAUGAUCGAGAACAGAGAAACAGCAGAGAAGAGACAUCUGUUGGUCCAGGAAGUAUCUACCAAACAUCAGAGCAUUCUCAAGAGGUAUCCUGGCCUGCUGAGGCCAUCUCUAAGGACCUCUACAUAGAAGUGUAUCCUGGGACCUAUUCUGUCACUGUGGGCUCAAGCCCUUUAACCAAGAAGACUCACGUGGUCGAAGUUGACUCGGGGCAAAGUGUGGACUUGGUCUUCCCCGUAUGAAGUUGACCAUCACUGCCAUCAUUUCGCUCUUUUUUAAAUAGCAAGAAGAAUAAAAUCACCUAUUAAUUGUCUUAAUAAUGA